CUUGCCCUGAAGGGCGGGGCGGGGCGGGGCCGCAGCCCUGAGGCGGCGGCGGCCGGGCCGGGCGGGAUCGAUCCCCCACGAUGCUCCCGGCAGCCGGCAGCCCUGCCCCGGAGCAGGAGCCCCUGCUGGAGGACGCCGUGGGGAGUGCAUACAGCCGCCAGAAGCCGAGGGACCGCUGCCAUGGGGCCUACCUGAUAUUUUUCCUCCUGGGCAUCGGCUCCCUCCUGCCCUGGAAUUUCUUCAUCACGGCCAAGCACUACUGGAGGUACAAGCUGCAGAACUGCUCGGAUGAGCCCGGCCCGGCGGGGCAGGCGGCCUCAGACCUGCGGGACUAUUUUGAGAGUUACAUCUCCAUUGCUUCCACCAUACCCUCAGUGCUGUGCCUGAUUGGAAACUUCUUGCUUGUCAACAAGGUUGCUGCCAGCGUGAGGAUCCUGUCCUCCCUCUUUGUCAUGCUGGCUGUGUUCCUGGUGAUCACGGUGCUGGUGAAGGUGGACACCUCCACCUGGACCACGCCCUUCUUCACCCUCACAGUGGGCUGCGUGGCCGUGGUCAGCAGUGCCUCCACCGUCUUCUCCAGCAGCAUCUUCGGCCUCAGCAGCUGCUUCCCCAUGAGGAACCUGCAGGCUCUGCUCUCAGGCCAGGCCAUGGGUGGCACCAUCAGCGCCGUGGCCUCUGUGAUCGACCUGGCAGCGGCGGCCGAUGUCACUGACAGCGCCCUGGCCUACUUCCUCACUGCUGACAUCUUCAUCGUCAUCUGCAUCGUGGUGUACCUGCUCCUGCCCAGGCUGGAGUACUCCAGGUAUUACCUGAGCAGGCAGAAGGAGAUCCCCUCUCUGGUCACCGUGCCCCCCGACAGCUCUAUGGAGGAUGAGACAGAUCCAGGAGGCACCGUGAGCUCCUCCAUCCUCACAAGAAGUGCUGGCAUCCCCCCGCUGCGCCCCAUCCUGCAGAAGACUGCCCUCCUCGGCUUCUGCCUCUUCUACGUCUUCUUCAUCUCCAUCAUCAUCUUCCCUUCCCUCUCCUCCAACAUCGAGUCUGUCAGCAAGUCCUCGGGAAGCCCGUGGAGCACCAAGUACUUCACACCACUCACCUGUUUCCUCCUGUACAACUUUGCUGACUGGUGUGGGAGGCAGGUCACUGCCUGGAUCCAGGUGCCUGGCCCCAAGAGCAAACUGCUGCCUGCCCUUGUCCUCCUCAGAACCAUCUUCCUCCCUCUCUUCAUCCUCAGCAACUACCAGCCCCGGGCUCACAUCCGAACCGUGGUGUUCAACAGGGACAUCUACCCCGUGGUGUUCACAGCACUGCUGGGGCUCAGCAACGGCUACCUGGGCACGCUGGUCAUGGUCUACGGCCCCAAAAUCGUGCCCAAGGAGCUGGCUGAGGCAGCAGGGGUGGUGAUGUCGUUUUACCUCGUGCUGGGGCUGGCUCUGGGCUCUGCCUGUGCUGUCUUCGUGGUGCACCUCGUGUAGAGGGGGCAGCUGCAGGAGGAGGAUGGCCUCAGUUUGUGGUGCUGCUGUUGGGUGUUUAGGGUUGGGGUUUUUUUCCCAAAAAAGUCAGGUAUCCUGUGGUUUUGAGGCAGCCUGCCUGUCUGGGCAGGGGGGUAGCUGCAUCCAGGAGGGAUGCAGAGGGAAAGUUUCCCUUCUGGGAAGGGGCAUCCCCUGUGCUUGGGAAGGUUCUGUCAGGCAUUGUCACUCCCCAGUUUAAUGGAGCAGGGACCAAAACAGCCUCAUCCUCCUCAGGGAGCUCAGGGACACAGGGAUACCAUCCCUCACCCAUGUGCCAGUGGUUUUAUGCUGAACCCAGGACUUUUGGGGCCACCUUGGGUUUUGCUGCUGCACUGUUACGAGUUCAGCCCUUCAGGGGUUGGGUGGUCUCAGGGAGGGUUCACCCCUCACUCAGCUCUGAUGGUGGUGUUGAACUAAAAAGGGAUUUGAGCCCUGGAGCACCUUCUCACAACUUAGGGAAUGAGUAGCAGCUGCCCCAGGGAUUGGGGUACAGUUUUGCACAGAUUUCAUAUAAUCAUUGCACAAAAAAAAUAGUAUAUUUAAGGGAAAAUGCUCCACUUGGAAUUUUGCUUGCUUUAAUUUUUCCAUGUAAAAUUGAACUGAGGGAUCAUCUACUCCUAGCAUGGUGCUACCAGUGUUGGGGACUAUUCCCUGGCCAAGCUGAGAGGAACAUUUUUCCUGCUGUGACUGUGUUGUGACACCCAAGGCAAGUGAAAUGCUGAGUGAGCCUAACCAGAGGUUUUUCUUCAGUCUGUGUUCAGAGAGCUCUGUGAAAGCCAAGGAGGGGUGUGAGAGAGGCCCUGGUGUGAGGUGCACAGCAGAAAUCUGGUUAAUUCUUGUAGACAGGCACCAUAUGGCCUCCAGAUGUUUUCAGAGGGGUGAGCUACUGUGACACCCAAAAAUAUGGCCCACCCAGAGACAACUGGCUUUUAAAGUCAUUUAAACUCCCAUAUGCCAGCACAGCCUGGACUAAAUCCGAUUAUUGUAUUUAUUUUCUCAAAUUGGCUGGAUUUAUGGUCUAGAGGAGGUGAACUGAUCAGCAAGGGUGCAGAGGCAGAGCUUGGCAGUGCAGUGAUGCCUCAGAGGUGCUGUCUGUGGAAAUGGAUUCCUUUAAGGCUGGCUGAGGAGCAGAUGCUCCAUUCCUGGGGUGCUCUCUCAGCACCUCCUGCUUGCCCACGUGGUGGUGGAGCUGCUGGAUGUGGGGAGAGCACAGGAUCCAUGCUGGCUCCUGCCCCAGGGUGCCAUGUGGACACUGGGUUUUUACAUAAAUCCUUCCCUAGAGCAGUGUUUAGUUUGGGCCCCUGGGCAAUGCACACAUGCAGAGCUUUGCUUGAUGGCUGAUUUUUAUUUCAAUGUGAAAUCCAGACACAAGUGGGGUGUGCAGCAGUGAGGAGCAGCUUUAUGGAAUGUGGGCUCUUAAUCCUGUUCCUUUGGUGGGUUUGGAGCCCUUUGGCCUCCAGCACUUGGCCAGGGACUGCCUUGACCCAGGUGAAGCCCACCCAGGGGCUGAGGUUGGGGUGCUGGGAGCCCCUCCUGGGGGUCAGUGCUCCCAUCCCCUCCUUGGUGCUGGAAUAAUGCAGCAGUUGCUCAAAAAGCCCAACCCAACCUGGUGCUGGCAACCAGAAAUUCCCUUUGUGGCCUUCAGUGGGACUGUCUUCAACCUGUGCAUUUCCCCCUCAAUCCAAGGAGUUAUGAGAUUUGGCUUGAUUUUUUACUGCUUUGCAUCUCUGCUCCUCCUCUCCUUGUUACAGACCAAAUUCCUCUGGAGGGAGAACUUCUGGUGCUGUUGUUAAUAAAGAGAAUUCCUGAUCCUGUGCAA